GUUGAAUCCGGGUACACACAACACUACACUCAUGUCAUUUAGGUAACAGAAGCCUCUUGGAUCAGAAAUCCAAAAGUUUAUGCAGACUGUGCUCUUGUUGGAUGUGUGGAGGUGUUUGGAGUUGAAUGCAGAAGAUUGUAGCAGUGGUCGGUGGGGGGAUCGGGGGUCUGUCUGCCUGCCACCAUCUCAGCAAGAGUCCUAAUGUCUCCAAGGUGGUGCUCCUGGAGGGAAGUGGGAGGUAUGGAGGUUGGUUGAACUCCACACGGAGAGAUGAUGGAGCGGUGUUUGAACACGGACCCCGAGGGGUGAGACCUGCGGGAGCUGUCGGCUGGAACGCUUUGAAUAUGGUGUCUGAGUUAGGUCUCGAGUCUGAAAUCCUGUUUGUUACAAAAGACCACGUGGCUUCCAAGAACCGGUUCCUGUAUGUGAAUGGACAACUGCACAAGAUGCCUUCAGGAUUCGGCGGACUUCUGCGCACCAUCUCUCCCUUCUCCCGUCCCAUCAUUCAUACCGUUCUGAAGGAGAUGCUAGUCAGUAAAGGAAAGGACAAGGACGAAUCUGUUCAUGCUUUUGUGUCCAGGCGUCUGAGUCCCGAGUUAGCAGAUAUAGCUAUAGACAGUAUGUGUAGAGGAGUGUUUGCUGGUGACUGCAGGCAGUUAAGUGUGAGAUCUUGCUUUCCGCCUCUUUAUAAAGCAGAGCGGGCACGGGGCUCCAUUGUUCUGGGAAUGUUGAUGGGUUCAGGUGGUGGUGGUCCUAAUGUAGUCCCUUCUGAGUUGGCCAAGAGAGCAUCAGAAGAGUCAUGGAGCCAGUGGUCUCUGAAGAGAGGCAUGCAGACACUUCCUGAAGCCUUGGAGAACUCUCUGAGGAGACAAGAGCGUGUGGAGGUUCAUCACAACACUCUUGUAAAUAGCCUGACCCUACAAGGGGGGGUCUGGGAGAUCAAACUGGAAGAUGGAUCCACGUUAAAAGCUGAUCAUUUGAUUUCCACCCUACCCGCAUCAGUCUUGGCAUCAGUGCUGCCCCCUACUGCUCAACCCCUGACAGAACAGCUGCGAUCCAUUGCCUCUGCCACUGUUGCCGUGGUGAAUUUGGAGUAUGAAGGUUUCGUUCUUCCUGUUACAGGCUUUGGACACUUGGUGCCUUCUUCAGAAGAUCCCGGUCUGUUAGGGGUCGUAUAUGACUCGGUUUCCUUUCCGCAGCACAAUCGAAAUGGAGGAGCGACCACCAGACUGACGGUGAUGAUGGGUGGUGCCUGGUUCGAGCAGGCAUUUGGAAAUUUACAUGAAGUGACCCAACAGACAGUCUUGGAUCGGGCCACCGCGGCGGUAGCCUCUCAUCUGGGCGUCACGUCCCCACCUGUGUGGAGCCUGGUUUCUAUACUGAAGGACUGCAUUCCCCAGUAUCAUUUAGGACACUGGAAACGACUUGAAAAGAUGAGGCAAUACAUCAGCAAGAACAAUCUGCCCCUUACACUGGCAGGAGCUUCCUAUGACGGUGUCUCUGUCAAUGAUGUUAUAUUCAGUGGGCGAACAGCUGCUGAGGGUCUCGUCGGAAAAAUCUGACCUGCAGUCGCUUAAUUCUGAUUGAGUGAGAUGGUUUGGUGUGGUACAUUUGAUGCUGAUUCCUGGGAAGCACCAGCUUUACUUGAAUCCAGAAUGGAAAUGUAUGGGUCUAUAUUGCGUCUAGAGCAAAAUCUUUGGUUUUCUCAUUUAUUUCUAGACUGCUGUGAAGACCCUUCGUGCAAAAAGGAGCGGGCAAAAAAAUUAUGCAAUACAGUUGCAACUAAAUGAGUGUAGAUCUUGGCUGUCCCUAUGGUAGAUUAAUUCAUAAUUUUUAAUCUAAAUUAUCUCAGAUGAAGAAUCUAAUAUUGCACUUGGAUAUUGUGUUCCGGGGUCUUAACAAGAACAUCUAUAUAAAUCUCGCUUAUCACUAGGAAAGUUUACGCACCUUUUUGUUACCAUUCAGCUAUGAGAUAUGGCCAGAAGCAGACUCGUAUUUCAAAAUAUAAUAUCAUUUCACUUGUUUUGUUCAUUUGUCUAAAAAUACAUGGCAUUAUGACCAGGCAAAGAUAAUAUGCCAUCCAUAAUGCUUUAAUGGAAAAUGCACAACUUGCAUUUCACGUUUCAGAUGCGCAGCAGAUUGGAAAUGACUGUGGCCAUCUGUAUUGUCGUUGACUUUGAAGAGGGGGCAAAAAUGUAAAGUACACUAUCACUCAGUCUUUUAAUGGCCAUGCAGAUGCUUGGAAAAUCAUUUCUCAUAAUGCAUCACAGUGAUGUGAUUCAAUUCAUAAUAAUGUUUUAGCAUUAUAUACACAGGUGUGCCUUUUUGCUUUUAAACUGAGCACUGCGGAGCAAUCGGUGGAUGGGCCAAAUAACAUUUUAAAUGGUGUUGUUUCUGCAGUACAAACUAAGUUAUAUAAUAUGAAGUCAAGUGUGUGUGUGAAAAGGAAACCCAAUGUAAGACAGUUCCAUUAAAUUACCUGUUUUAAUUUAUUAGGUAUGACACUUGAUCUUGGUUAUAAUUUUGUUCAUAUUAUUUUAGACCUUUGCAUGUGAUCAGCAAUAAAUGAGAUUUGUUAACUGUCA